UGUCAUUCAGACAGGAACUGAUGGGUUUGGCAGCAGUAGCAGUAGCAGUAGUGCUGGAACGCUCAGCACCCAAAAUGACCGAAGACUACUCAAGCAAAUCCACCCAGUAAAAAAAAAAAUAGAUUAAAAAGGAAGAAAGAGGAAAACGACAAGCAAAUCUGAUCAAAGUCGAGGUGUGGAAGGUUCUUGGCUGGAGAAUGAUGGAGUUCUGUCACCAAUUGUCGCCAGAUUUCACCAUGGAGGAGAGGCGUGAGAUAGAAAACCUCACGUUGCACAAACAAGACCUCCUGGAUGACAUUCAGAAGCUGAAGUGGGAGAUAGAGAACGUAAUGGCUGACAUUCAGAACUUUGAGUCUGCAGAGGAGAACAAAGUGCUCGAGAGAGGGAAGCAGUUUUCUAGUGGAAAAAAGAAAUUCAACAUGGACCCUAAAAAGGGAAUAAAUUACCUGGUUGGGAACAGCCUGUUGGAGUGGAAGGCUGAGAGCAUAGCAGAGUUCCUGUAUAAGGAAGAAGGUCUCAAUAAGACUGCUAUAGGAGACUUCUUGGGAGAGAGAGAGGAGAUGCAUCUACAGACACUUAAAGCAUUUGUAGAACUUCAUGAGUUUUCAGACCUCAAUCUCGUCCAGGCACUGAGGCAGUUCCUCUGGAGUUUCCGUCUUCCUGGUGAAGCCCAGAAGAUUGACCGCAUGAUGGAGGCUUUCGCCACACGUUACUGUGACUGCAAUCGAGACGUCUUCCAGUCAACUGACACCUGUUACAUCCUCUCAUUUGCUAUUAUUAUGCUAAACACCAGCCUGCACAAUCCCAAUGUGAAGGACAAGACCACACUGGAACGCUUCAUCAGCAUGAAUAGAGGCAUUAACAACGGUGAAGAUCUGCCCAAUGAGCUGCUGACGAAACUGUAUGAGAGCAUACGGAACGAGCCCUUCAAAAUCCCAGAAGAUGAUGGGAAUGAUCUUACACACACUUUCUUCAACCCUGACAGAGAAGGCUGGCUCCUCAAGCUGGGAGGAAGAGUGAAGACCUGGAAGAGGAGGUGGUUCAUUCUAACUGAUAACUGCCUGUAUUACUUUGAGUACACCACAGACAAAGAACCCAGAGGGAUCAUUCCUCUGGAGAACCUGUGUGUGCGAGAGGUUAACUUCACACGCAAACCGUACUGUCUGGAGCUCUACAACCCAAACAGUAAAGGGCAGAAGAUAAAGGCGUGUAAGACAGAAACAGACGGCAGGGUGGUGGAGGGAAAGCACCAGAGCUACAUGAUCUGCGCUUCAUCAGCUGAAGAGAGAGAUGGCUGGAUAGAAGCUAUCAGGGCAAGUAUCACAAAGGAUCCAUUUUACGACCUGGUCUCUGUCCGAAAGAAGAAGGUCAUCCAACAGACACAGCAAGAAUGACCACAGCAGAGCACCAUAGACAUUGUAGCUCUUUAAAAAUGGUGGACAAUACAGACUGUGCUGAGUCUGCCCAGUAAGCAGAACAGCUGAACCACAAGGACGGUUCAAGUUCUUUCAUAUUAAAAGUCUGUUUAGAGUCGUGUUUCACAGAGGUUUGGAGGAAAAGGAAGUGAAGAGAAGCAACACGUCAACUGGUGGAGUUUCUGCUAAUGCUGGGAAACUAACCGGUUAUUUAAAUGCUGUGCUGGAGACAGUUUUGACAGUGUUUGUUGUUUUUUUUUUUUGACCUCACAUGAAGUCACGUGAAGUUCAUCAGCUAAGACACAGGAUAUGUAGAGUCUGUUGCAAAGUUAUCUUCUUUAGUUUUGGACUGAAGCUAUGAGGAAGUGUUGUAGGUGUAAAUCAUUUAUAUAAUAUAU